GGGAGGACCCCACGCUGGGAACCCACCGGGCCUUGGGCAGUAGGCGCUGCGGAGGCCCCUCUGGUGCCGGCGAGAUCGCAGCACGGGCAGAGGCUUCUGGACUGCGAGAUGUGUAGGCGGUAACUUGGAGUCUGCAAACAAGAGGAGAAGAUGAAGGAAGAUUGUCCACCCAGUUCUCACGUGCCCAUCAGCAACAGCAAGUCCAUUCUGAAGUCGGAGCUCUUAAGCCUGCUGAAAACCUACAACUGCUAUCAUGAGGGCAGAAGCUUUCAGCUGAGACACCGAGAGGAAGAAGGGGCUCUGAUCAUUGAGGGGCUCCUCAAUAUCGCCUGGGGACUGAGGCGGCCCAUCCGGCUCCAGAUACAGGAUGACAGGGAGCGAGUGCACCUCUCUGCGGCCUCCUGGAUGCCCGGACAGCCCAGCUGCCACCCAAAGGAGCCACCUCUUCAGGAUUUCAGGGUCACUGCCCAGGAGCCAAGUGCUCAGCCCAUGCAGCAGGCUGAGAGUUCCAGAGACAGCUCAGCUACAGAGGCCCUGGAGGAGGACGAGGAGACGCCACAGUUGAUGCGGACCAAGAGCGAUGCAGCCUGUGUGAUCCAGAGGAGGCCCAGGUGCCGCACACCUGGAGAGGCCCAGAAGAUCCGGCGACACCGGUUCUCCAUCAACGGGCACUUUUACAACCAUAAGACCUCCGUAUUUACUCCUGCCUAUGGAUCCGUGACCAAUGUGAGGGUCAACAGCACCAUGACAACUCUGCACGUGCUCACCCUGCUGCUGAACAAGUUCCGAGUGGAAAAUGGCCCCAGUGAGUUUGCACUCUACAUCGUACACGAGUCUGGGGAGCGGACAAAAUUAAAAGACUGUGAGUACCCGCUGAUUUCCAGAAUCCUGCAUGGGCCUUGUGAGAAGAUCGCCAGGAUGUUCCUGAUGGAAGCUGACCUGGGCGAGGAAGUCCCCCAUGACGUCGCUCAGUACAUUAAGUUUGAAAUGCCGGUGCUGGACAGUUUUGUUGAAAAAUUAAAAGAAGAGGAGGAAAGAGAAAUAAUCAAACUGACCAUGAAGUUCCAAGCCCUGCGUCUGACGAUGCUGCGGCGCCUGGAACAACUAGUGGAGGCCAAGUAGCCGGACAGCAUCUGCCUCUUCCAAAGCCCCCAGCAGCCAGUGUACACUGAGUGCCAGUGGCCGGGCCCUGACUGGUCACACUGAUUGAUGGCCACCAGCUGAGGAAUCCAGCAGCCAUGCUUCUACCUGUCUACCUGCCUGAGUCCCAUGAGUCCCAUGUCCCUGGCUCUUGGCUCCAAGGUGAGCACUCACAGGGCCCAGACCCAAGUCUGAGGAGCUAGGAACUUGCUUGGUGGGGUCUGUGCAUAGACUGGCCUGUGUAGUGAGCAGCUCUGAAGCUGUGGCACCAGCCACAUUAUGUGGCUGGAUGGUGUGGCCAGUCCUAUUCUCUCCACAUCUCUCCUGCUCAGGGGAGCUGUAGAUGACUGAGCCCCUGGGCCCUGAGCUCCAUCUGCUUUCCCAGUGCCUGGCUCAGAGUUUCUGCAGGGCCACAAGCCCCUGUCCUCAUCAUCCAUAUGAACUACAUGAUUCCUGUCUGCCUUCGCCUCAUGCUGCCACUCAGAAGCUCUGCCAGGAAAAGCAGGGGCUGCCAGCAGGUUUGAGACAUGCCCUCCUCCCACCCAUCACUUCACCAUGGCAUCCCUGGCCUCCAAGCCUCUGAUGUCACCCCAUGAACCUCACACAGCCCAGCACCCUGGCAGCAGAGGUCAGACUAGAAAUAAGAGCACAAGCAUCCUAUCUUCUCUCUGCAGCACUCGCUCUGGACUUCCUCAGUGAGUAAGGAAUUCUUAUAGGGAGCGUGCUGCAAGAAACGUCAAUUUGAUCACAUGGGGGAGGUAGCCCAGGUGGCAUUGGAAGGAUGCCUUCCCUGUAGAUGAGAGUCCAGGGGCUGCCGGGCAGCACCUUGGGAAGGCAGUGCUCAGUCCCCAUUGCUGCUGUUCCAUGGACACCUGUGUACCUCUUGCCCUCUCUGGGCUUGCAUUCCUCCACUCUCAAAGGAGCAAGAUAAGGAGUAAUGCCUGUUUGAGGAGAAAGGACUUUGAAUUCCCUGGGACCAGAUACUGAACAAUUUGGGUUUAUCAGCUGGUGGAGAAUUUCUGGAAUGAAAUAGAAGGUCUUUGUAAAACUAUGCAACAGUUUACAUCUGUCAUGUGAAGUGUUUGUCCAAAACAGAGCAAAUUUUUCUCCCACUGGGGCCUGUGGAUAGCAAAUUUAAAGAGAAGAACUAUAAAGUCUUCCAAAUACAGGAGAUUCCAUCUCUGCUUCUUGCAGCAGCUCCUCAUCAGCGCCUAUAAAGAACAGAGCUUGGGGCAGCCAUGCCAUGUGGACCUACUUUUCAGGGUUUCCCCCAACUCGCUCCAUCGUCACAGAGACAUGCAGAGAGAUGGCUGGGGAAGGCCCAGCCGCAGUUUCUGUUAUCUGUGCUCUCCUUUAGCAGCAUAGUUUCCUAGGUGCUCAAUAAAGGUGUGCUGUACUGGAA